CAGAGUAAAUAAAAAGAGUUGUCAGAGCUGAGAUUGAAACCCAGUAGUUACUUCUGGAUCGCUUCUUCUCACCUUCUGCCAUUUACAAGCUCAAGCAGAAAGUCAAAUGAAUUCUUUCCUUUCACCUCUCAGAGGAACAAGAACAAAGUACAUUAACUGAAUUGGCGUUUGAUAGCAUUGCACUUUGUUUUCUGUUGCCACGUCACUUUUCUGCUUGGAAUUUAGCCUGCCCUGAGAUUCCUUCUGCUCCCUUUCUGCCUAUGUAUAUACUGACAUCAGCUUGUUCAAAGAGAGCAACUACUGCUUUGCAAAUACAUUUGUUUAAAUUAAUUUCUGCAGCUGAUUUAAACCAGCCUGGACUGGAGACUUGAAGCCUAGAAAAUGAAGCUAAAGGAAAUUGAGCGAACAGCUGUCCAGGCAUGGAGUCCAGCAAACAACCACCCCAUUUAUCUAGCAACAGGAACAUCUGCCCAACAACUGGAUGCAUCCUUCAGUACAAAUGCCACCUUGGAAAUAUUUGAGGUUGACUUCAGGGAUCCCUCCCUGGACAUGAAGCAGAAAGGAACACUUCCUGCCUCAAACAGGUUUCAUAAGCUGAUCUGGGGUAACUUUGGAAAUGGGUCCCCAGAGUCCUCCGGAGUGAUCAUUGGUGGAGGGGAUAAUGGUGUACUGACAAUGUACAGUGUGCACCGCAUCUUGGCCUCAAAGAGUGAGCCUGUAAUUGGGCAGACAGAGAAGCAUUCAGGUCCUGUUCGAGCUCUUGACUUCAACCCUUUCCAGAGUAACCUCUUAGCUUCUGGAGCCAAUGAUUCUGAAAUUUUCAUCUGGGACUUGAAUAACUUCAGUGUGCCUAUGACUCCAGGGGCUAAAUCACAGCCUCAUGAAGACAUCAGUGUGGUGUCCUGGAAUCGGCAAGUGCAGCAUAUCCUGUCCUCUGCUCACCCCAGUGGCAAGGCUGUGGUUUGGGACCUCAGGAAGAAUGAGCCUAUCAUCAAAGUCAGUGACCACAGCAACAGAAUGCAUUGCUCAGGAAUGGCCUGGCAUCCAGAAGUUGCAACCCAGCUAGUCCUUUCCUCUGAGGAUGACCGCUUGCCAGUGAUCCAAAUAUGGGACUUACGUUUUGCUACCUCUCCUUUGAGCCAGCUGGAAGGGCACACAAGGGGAGUUCUCUCUGUCUCUUGGUGCCAGGCUGACCCUGAACUACUGUUGAGUAGCGCCAAAGACAACCGGAUCUUGUGCUGGAACCCAAGUAUGGGGGAGGUGGUUUACGAGCUGCCCAUUCGCAGUCAGUGGUGCUUUGAUGUCCAGUGGUGUCCUAGGAAUCCUUCAGUCUUCUCUGCUGCCACUUUCGAUGGGUGGAUCAACAUUUAUUCUGUUAUGGGUGGGAACUUAGAAGCUCAGCAGAAGACACAGGCUGACAAGAUCUCUUCCUCCUUCAACAACCUCGAUCCCUUUGGCACAGGACAGAUCCUUCCUCCUCUGCAAGUGCCAGAGCAAGUAGCUCAGACCACCUUGAUUCCACCAUUAAAAAAGCCACCCAAAUGGAUUCGCAGACCUGUGGGGGUUUCAUUUGCAUUUGGAGGAAAACUUAUUUCCUUUGGUCUUACCAAAGCUCCUGGACAGCAAAUGCAGCAGACUUACCCACACCAGGUAUUCAUCAGUCAAGUCACUACUGAAACUGAAUUCCUGCUCCGAUCCAGAGAACUGCAGAUGGCCUUGCAGUCAGGGAAUCUCCUUGAUUACUGCCAGGGCAAGAUCCAGACAGCCAAGCUGCCAUUUGAUGAGAACCUUUGGAACUUCUUGAAGGUGAAUCUGGAGCAGGAGUCCAGGACUAAACUCCUCAAGCUGCUGGGCUACAGUAAAGAAGAUCUGCAAAAAAAGAUCGCCUCAUGUUUGAGUAAUGGGAUCCCUGAUAAACAGCCCCUUCCUGAGGCAGAUGAGACAAAUGCUGCACAGCCAGAUCAGCUUUUGAUAAAUUCCAGUGAUGAUGUAGCUGCUGUUUCCUCCUCUUCAGCCUUUUUUGACAACUUCAUCCCACAGAAUAUGAGUGCAUUGGAGAUUCCUGUCACAGAAGAUACAGAUGGACUCAUCAGCCAAGCCCUUUUGUUGGGGAAUUUUGAGGGUGCAGUGGAGCUAUGCAUGCAAGCAGAGCGUUUUGCUGAUGCCAUCAUCUUAGCUAUAGCUGGUGGGGAGAAGCUCCUAAAGGAGACCCAGAAGUGCUACUUUGCCAAGCGGAAGACAAAACUCUCCCUGCUCCUUUCCUCCAUUGUGCAACAGAACUGGCAAGACAUUGUUUGCAUGUGUGAUCUACGGAGCUGGAAGGAGGCACUGGCCAUCUUGUUAACCUACUCAAAGCAUGAGGACUAUACCCAGCUCUGUGACAUGCUGGGUGCCCGCUUAGAGUCGGAGGGAGAUGCAGCCCUGUCCAAUGAUGCCUGCCUCUGCUAUAUCUCAUCAGGCAAUGUGGAGAGGUUGGUGGAAUGCUGGGUAAAAACCCAUGAGACUUCGUCACCCCUUGCCCUGCAGGAUCUCAUAGAGAAGGUGAUGGUGCUGAGCAGGUCCAUUGAGAUGCUCCGAGGCACAGCAGGACCAGCGCCAGGCCCUGUCUUGGCAGAACGAAUCACCCAAUAUGCCAGUCUUCUGGCAUCACAAGGAUGCUUGGCAGCUGCAAUGAAUUACUUACCCAGCAGCUCUAAAGAGCUCCUGAUCGAGCAGCUCCGAGACCGGCUUUUCCAUGCUCAGGGAGAGAAUGUGGGUGAUCAGCAGCCACCCCCUUUUCCCUACACUCGUGUCAAUGUAGGUGUCACUAAACACACGUCCACAGCAGCCAAGGGUGGUUCCGCCCCUGAAGGAGCAGCUCACAAAACAGGUCCCAGACAUCCAGAGAAGCCCAACUAUCAGUCGUCAUUUGCCUCUUCAGCACCUUCUCAGCCUUCAGUGCCUUCCCUCUUCACACCUCAGCCAGUGCCAGCGAUGUCCAUGACAUCUCACCAUGUUGCCCCUCCCCCGGCCAGCACGGGUCCACAAACAAGUGUCUAUUCCAGAGGGCCCCCAUACCCACAGUACAACUUGGGCUUGGUUCCAGCAACCAUUUCAGGGCCAGGUAUGUCACAGUCUCAGCCGUUUGGACCAGCGGGAGUCGGACCUGUUGGUCCUGCUCCCUUCCCCAGCCAGCCUUCUCUGCCAGGACAGUCCAUGCCCAUGACAUCUCCUGGUGUUCCACCACCCGGACCUGCCCUCUUCACUCCAGCCUCAGUCCCAUCAUCUCAGCUUCCUGCAGCUUGUCCUCUCCCUGUGGCAAGCCAGUCUCCUCUAGGUUUCUCUUCAACACCAUUCAACUCCCCCAUGAACAUGGGUUACCCUCAGGGAGGUCCUGGAGCUCCAUCUACUAAGCCCCUGCCAGCAGCCAGCAUUCCUCCUCCUCCCAUAGGUUUCUUCCCUUGGCUAGAUCCCCACGUGGAUCAUGCAGCUCAGGAAUCUUGGACUGAUCCCUCUGCUGUAAGAGGAGGCCUGCAAAAGAAAAAGUUGCCUGAGAAAUUUACUCCUCCAGCCCCCAUCACAGCUCCAGUAAUGAGUCUGCCUGCAGAGCCCCAAGGGAUCCAUCCUCAGCUGUCCAGGUUGCAAGAGUCUGGCCAGUCACCCCCAGGAGCACCCAAGGAAGGCAGCCUGCAGUAUCACCAGCUACCUGUGGAGAAGGUCGAGAGGAAGGAGGUGCCCCCCGAGCACCAGGCUCUGAAGACCACAUUUGAAGGGUUGGUGCAACGCUGCUCUGCUGUCGCCACUGAUCCAAAAACCCGAAGGAAGCUGGAGGAUGCAUUGCAGCGGCUGGAGUGUUUGUAUGAGAAGCUCCGUGAGCAGGCGCUCUCUCCAAACAUCCUCAUGGGUCUCCAUGAAAUCGCCUGCUGCAUUGAGGCUAGGAACUACCAACAGGGUCUCCUGGUUCACACCCAAGUGGUGAGCAGCAGCAGUUUCAGUGAGGUGUCUGGUUUCAUGCCCAUCCUGAAAGUUCUCAUGACCAUUGCUGGCAAGCUGAACGUGUAAAGUGUGGAGCAGCUGGAACAGAGCACACUGAGAGCUGGUGGACUCCCUCACCUGUUGAUGUGCUGCAGGUUGUGGACUCUCCUUCUGAUUCUGGAGAAAUAAGUCUGUUCCAGAGCCUGGAACUGUGCUGGGCCAGCACACCUGGCCCCAUCCACUCUCCAGAUAGCCCACUGGUGCCUGGGACUCCUGGAGACUGUUCUUUCUCUCUCUUCUUUCUCACUAGUCUGAGGCCGCUUCCCACCCCAGGGAUCUCAAUUUCAGGCUGGCAUUGCUUUUUUUUUUAGGAGACAAACAGGGCUGGCACCUGCAGCACCACCAGACAGAAGAGCCUCAGGCUGUAUUCCCUGCUGCAGUGUAAACUGCCUGAGUGACAGCUGGGCUCCCUUGGGACCUAAGCUGUAGUGUCCCUGUUCUGUUGGACUGCCGUGAGGAUGUCUCCUCUGGUUCUUCCUUUCUUUUCAUUCUCAUCCUUAACUCUCCCGCUCACCCCUCUGCACCCAUAUCUUGCUACAACUAGGGCUAACUACCAGUGUGCUCUGGGCUAGCUUUGGUUCUCUCUGUAUUCUUCACCCAGCCCUCUCUUUUCACAGUUGAGUCUCCUGUUUACCCUCUAUUCCCCUUCCUUUAUAUCUUUUACCCCAUAAGCUGCAGGCUUGAGCCCUUUGUGUUUCGGGCCCAGGGCUGAUUUCCCCCUUUCAACUCCUGGGACUCCCCCAUUCAGGAAUGCUACUAGGUUGGACUGCUCUGUUUGCUCCUCCUCAGAGCUGGUUGCAUCCUGUGUUUGGGCUAAAAGCCACACUCUCUGGCUCCUGGCCUUUUUCACUUCCUUUAUGUUAGCACAGUUGGCCUUUUGCCCACUGGUGUUAUCUAAAAGCUUCCUACAUUGGGCUUUUCAGACAGUCUAGGGGCUUUAUGAGCAGCAGGGGUUGUUCAGGUCCCAUAAAGAAUCUCCCCAAGCUACUCUGAUCAGCCCAGACUUGAGCAGGAGGAGACAGCUUAUCGCUCGAAGUGUGGUGCAUUUGUUCUGCCUACAGUAACAGAUACCUGCAAAGGUGGUUCUCAAAGGCCCCUUGGCACUGUGGCAGUAGGAAUAUGCUGCAGGAGGCGAUGCUGUCAGGUCUCAAGGGUAUGGCUGUGCUGAGGCUUUUCAUCACUGUGGUAUUUCCUCUGGGGUAAAAUAGAUGAAUGAAGCAUAUCUAUCCUGGGGAAGAAGUCUGGGGAGACAGAUGGGAUUUUAGGGCACAUCUGUGUAUGUGUGUCUUUCCCUCUCUUCCUCCCUCCUUGCCUUCCUCUUUCUUGCCCUCUUUCAUGCUAACCAGGAAGCGUAAUUCUUGGGCUCUAGGUAGGAGCAAGGCUUCUUCCCAAUGUUUGGCUGCAGCCAGCCCCUGCUUCCUCUGCUUGCUGUUUGAGUGAUAAUGCCAUUGUGGGACUGUGGUUCAGUGACAUGCGAAUCAACCUGCUCUACCAUGAGACUUAGGAGGGAAGGGAAUUGGGGAAGGGAGAGAGAGGACACUUCUCAUUCUCUCCUUUCCAGGUCAAAGUGCCUCCUUGUUGCUGCUGUGUUGUUUCUAUUGCUGCAGUUUGAUGCACUGAGAGAUUACAGAACAGUGAAAUAAAAGCUGUGUUUUGUGA